AUGGCGACGACGACGAUUGAGCUCGAGCCAGUGCAGGCCUAUGGCUCCCGCGACCUCUCUGCCAACCCAUCAAAGCCAUCUUCACCCCGUCUUGCCCCAACCGAACAUCGAACCCAGGCAAUGGGCGAUGAGGAACCUCAAGACCUCAGUCGUGCGACGAAACUCAAGUUGCUGGCGGCCGGCGUUUCUUUCUUCGUCUCAGGCACCAACGAUGGAAGCAUUGGUGCUCUAGUCCCAUACUUCAUCCGCGACUACGAGCUCAGCACAGCCGUCGCCUCUGUCGUUUACGGCGCCAACUUCCUCGGAUGGCUCUUCGCGGCCUUCACAAACACGUACUUGACCCAACGGUUCGGCCUUGGGGCCACCGCAGUUGCCUCUGCCGGCACGACGUCUUACUGGUACCUCUACUAUACAUUUCCACUGGCUCUUGGCGUAGGAAACCUAGCACUCACAUGCUAUGCCUUCCGGGAUACGAUACACUUCCGAGGCAGACCUCGCUCGGGUGCGAACAACACGCCAAACACCGAGACCCAACUGUCUGGAAGCACAAGCGAGCCUACAAAGGGCGCAGCUCAGCUGGUCAAGGAGACCCUCUCCAACAGGUCCGUCUGGGUCAUUAGUGCUUUCUUCUUCUUCUACAUUGGUGGCGUUCUGACUGCUGUUGGCUGGAUCGUCGAGUUCCUGGUGGAGGUCCGCGAUGGCAAUCUUGCCCACAUGGGUUACGUCCCCGCUGGCUUUAGCGGCGGCGGUCUGCCCGGCCGUAUCCUGCUCGCAGAGCCAACAUUCAGGCUCGGGGAGCGCAGAAUGAUAUUCAUCUACUGUGUCCUGGCUCUUGCGUUCCAGCUGGUGUUUUGGCUGUAA